CAGAGAGUGUGUUGUUCAGAGGAUGAAGACGAUCAUGAAGAUUCUGUUUGUUCUUCUGCUGCUUUUUGGACUCUGCAACAACACAAGUUUUCCUGCUAACAUCAACAUAGGUGCGCUUUUCCCACCCGCGUCCCAUGAGUACGGGGUGUUCCGCUUCGCCUUGGCGGGGCGUCGUGACGUGCCCAGGCUGGUGCCUCAGGUGGACGCCGUGGAGACGGCGAGCAGCUUCGCCAUGACCUAUGCUUUCUGCUCGCAGUUGGCCAAGGGGGUCCACGCCAUCAUGGGCGUGUACGACCUGAGGACCGCCAACAUGGUGGCGUCCUUCUGCGGCGCGCUUCACGUCAGUUUCAUCACGCCGUCGUUUCCCGCCCUGGCCAACAACCAGUUUGUGCUGCAGUUGCGUCCGCAGCUGCAGGAGCCUCUCAUGGCGCUGUUGGACCACUUCGGCUGGACGCGCUUCGUGUACAUGUACAGCGCCGACACAGGUCUGUCGGUUCUGAAGAACGUUCUGGACCGUGCGGCCGAGCGAGGCUGGCAGGUGACGUCGGUCAACAUGGACGCUCUGACAGAGUCCAUGUUCAUCAAGCUGCUGGUGGACUUGGACUUCAACAAGGGGUUCCAAGUGGUUCUGGACUGCGAGUCGGACCGCCUCAACGCCAUCCUGAGUCUGAUUUCAGCGCAGAAAAGAAACCUGAAGAAUUAUCAUUACAUCCUCCUCAAUAUGGGCUUCGUAGAGUUGAACAUGACAGAGUUCCAGAAGUUGUCCCCAAACGUGACGGGCUUCCAGUUGGUCAACUGGUCAGAUUCCACCGUCUUGAAGGUCCAGCAGGAGUGGAUGGCCUUUGACCCUAAGGACGUCCCCGCGCCGCGUCGCAGCCUGCGGUACACAGGCGCCCUGACCUACGACGGCGUCAGCGUCCUGGCUGCGGCGUUCCAGAACCUCCGGCGACAGCGCAUCGACGUCUCUCGCCGCGGCAACGCCGGGGAGUGUUUGGGCAACCCCACCGCCCCCUGGGGGCAGGGCAUCGACAUCCAGAGAGCACUGCACCAGGUGCGUCUGGACGGGCUGACGGGCUACGUUCAGUUUGAUGAGCGAGGACUUCGUAGCAACGUCACGCUGACAGUCAUGGAACUGGGCCCUGCUGGACCCAGAAAGGUGGGCAUGUGGAGCGGUAAGCGAGGCUACGUGAAGGUGGCAAAGUACAAGCCACCCCCAGAAGAGUUCCACGGGCUCCAGAACCGCACCUACGUGGUCACCACCAUCCUGGAGGCGCCGUACAUGAUGCUGAAGAAGAACCACGAGCAGCUGGUGGGAAACGACAGGUACGAAGGCUACUGCGCCGAGCUGGCGGCAGAGAUCGCCAAGCACGUGGGCUUCGCCUACCGGCUGGAGCUGGUGGGCGACAGCAAGUAUGGCGCCAGAGACGCGGACACCAAGCUGUGGAACGGCAUGGUGGGAGAACUGUUCUACGGGAAGGCGGACGUGGCGGUCGCCCCGCUGACCAUCACACUGGUCCGUGAGCAGGUGAUCGACUUCACGAAGCCCUUCAUGUCCUUGGGCAUCUCCAUCAUGAUCAAGAAGCCCACCAAAUCCAAGCCCAGCGUCUUCUCCUUCUUGGACCCGCUGGCCUACGAGAUCUGGAUGUGCAUCGUCUUCGCCUACAUCGGCGUCAGCGUGGUGCUCUUCCUGGUGAGUCGCUUCAGUCCUUACGAGUGGAAGAAGGAAGAUGAGGAAGACGAUGAAGAUCCGCACUCGUGUGCGGCCGCUUCUCAACAAGCUCCGCCCACUUCUUCCUCCGCAGGUAACCCGUCAGUGUCAGCGUCGUGUAAGCCUCGUGACAUUGCUUCCUCUCUUGACUUCCCGUCAGGGUACCAGCUUCCUUCGGCUCCGACCCAGGACCAGAACCAGAACAAAGACAAAGAGAGUCCCGAACACUCCAACGACUUUGGCAUCUUCAAUUCCUUGUGGUUCUCCUUGGGAGCCUUCAUGCAGCAAGGAUGUGACAUCUCGCCCAGGUCCCUGUCGGGUCGCAUCGUGGGCGGAGUCUGGUGGUUCUUCACCCUCAUCAUCAUCUCGUCGUACACGGCGAACCUGGCCGCCUUCCUCACCGUGGAGAGGAUGGUGUCGCCCAUCGAGGGCGCCGAGGACCUCGCCAAGCAGACCGAGAUCGUCUACGGGACUUUGGACGGCGGCUCCACCAAAGAGUUCUUCAGGAGGUCAAAGAUCGGCGUGUUCGAGAAAAUGUGGUCGUACAUGCGCGGCACCGACCCGUCGGUCUUUGUCAAGAACACCAACGAGGGCGUGAGCCGCGUGCGCAAGUCCAAAGGGAAGUACGCCUACCUGCUGGAGUCGUCCAUGAACGAGUACAUCGAGCAGCGCAAGCCGUGCGACACCAUGAAAGUGGGCGGGAACCUGGACUCCAAGGGCUACGGCGUGGCCACGCCCAAAGGAUCGCCGCUCAGAAUCCCAGUAAACCUGGCAGUUCUCAAGCUCAAUGAACAAGCCGUCUUAGACAAGUUGAAAAACAAGUGGUGGUAUGACAAAGGCGAGUGCGGACACAAGGACUCCGGCAGAAAGGACAAGACCAGCGCUCUCAGCCUGAGCAACGUGGCGGGGAUCUUCUACAUCCUGAUUGGAGGACUGGGACUGGCCAUGAUGGUGGCGCUGUUGGAGUUCUGCUACAAGUCUCGCUUGGAAUCCAAGAGGAUGAAGGAGCUGAUCGACGCCGCCAUGUUGAGCAGCGGCCUGGGGGCGAUGGCCCUGGCGGGAGGCGGGGUCACAGUGGGCAGGUUCGCAGGAGGCGGGGCUUCAGGGCUGGUGGGCGAGAACGGGCGUGUGUUGGCACAUGACUUGCAGAGGUCCGGUGCUCAGAGUUUACCGUGCAUGAGCAAAGCUGCUAGUUUGGGAUUGUCCUCCAAGGUCAUGUGACCAGCAGCGAGACACCUGAUU